AUGCUUCCCAUCUCCGUUAUCAUUGGUAACCGCCCAAGAUCGGCUUACAGAAAAAAUGAAAUGUGUAAGGGACUAUAUGACUAUGAACGGCUUCUAAGAGAAGGAGUACCUCAUGGAAGUUAUCCCAGUGAUGGCUACCAUAAAAUAGUUAAUACUGGGCCACCACUGCUCAACGGACCUGGUGAAGAAAACUACAAUAGAUAUUAUAGUUAUGUUGAUUACCGAGAACAUGAGGUUUGUACUUUUUCUCUUGAUGGAACAAGUAGUCCACCUCACAGAGGAGAUGAAUCUGGCUAUAAGUGGACAAGGGAUGAUAAUUCUGCAAGUAGCCAGUCUGAACACAGGGACAUGAGAGAUGACUUUAGAGGAAAAAAGUUUUACCUUUCCCAUGUGAGAGACCGGUCUCCUCAUGAAAGAAAAACUUCUUUUUUCAGACACUCACCUGUAGGUGGAGAGGAUUGUCCACACAGCAGAUCUAGCUCCAGUGUCAAUAGUAGUAGCUAUGCUUCAGAAAGAAACAAGUCUCAAUAUACAAGUCAAGAGAGACCUGUUCAUUCUUUGAAAACAUCAAGAGUCAUAUCACCCUCAAGUUUUUCAUCACUUCCGUCAUCACUGGUGUUAGAAAAACCCAGUAGGCUAACUGAAAAGGUACUUGUUGAGGCUGCAAGGCAGCAGGCUGCUAAAAAGCUACAGAAAGCAGAUGAAUGUAACUUACCUGAAAUUUCUGAGUAUGAGGCAGGACCCACGGCAUUGUUCACUGACCAGCCAGAACCUGAGUCGAAUACAACAGAUGCUGGAGACAGCCAGCUAAACAGUCGCUCUAAAGCAGUAGCAUCAAAACUCGAAGAGAUUCAACAGGCUUACAAACAGGACUGUGAAACUUUCGCAGUGGUUGUGAAAAUGCUGAUUGAUAAAGAUCCUUCAUUAGAAAAGUCUGUACAGUUUGCACUGAGACAGAAUUUACGUGAAAGAGGCGAUCGGUAUGUUGAAGAACUCAAGCAUUUCAUUGAAGAGUAUGAUGCCUCUAGUCAAGAUUUUAGAGGUGCCAGAACAGCUACCGCCAAGUCCAGAUCCAAUACUGUGCACUGUCAGUCCUCGCCCACCUGCCGUACACUCCCAAUUCGUUUUGGUUCUAAGUCCAGUACGGCAAUUCUCAAGGAUCAGCUGAUUGUGAACCUUCUUAAGGAAGAACAAAGCCCUCAGAAUAAGAUUACAGUGGUUGGGGUUGGUGCUGUUGGCAUGGCCUGUGCCAUCAGUAUCUUAAUGAAGGACUUGGCAGAUGAACUGGCUCUUUUUGAUGUCAUGGAAGACGAUUUGAAGGCAGAGGUGAUGAAUCUCCAACAUUGCAGCCUUUUCCUUAGAACAGCAAAAAUUAUCUCUGGCAAAGUGGAUACCUUGACCUAUGUGGCUUGGAAGUUAAGCGGCUUUCCCAAAAACCGUGUAAUUGGAAGUGGUUGCAAUCUGGAUUCAGCCCGGUUCCGUUACUUAGUGGGGGAAAGGCUGGGACUUCACCCAUUAAGCUGUCAUGGAUGGGUCCUUGGAGAGCAUGGAAACUCUAGUAUGCCUGUAUGGAGCGGAGUGAAUGUUGCUGGUGUCUUCCUAAAGACUCUGCACCCUGAUUUAGGCACUGAUGCAGAUAAGGAACAGUGGAAAGAAGUUCACAGACAGGCAGUUGACAGUGCUGAUGAGGUGAUCAAACUGAAAGGCCACACAUCCUGGCCCAUUGGACUAUCUGUGGCAAAUUUGGCAGAAAGUAUAAUGAAGAAUCUUAAGCAAGUGCAUCCAAUUUCCACUAUGAUCAAGGGUCUCUAUGGAAUAAAACAUGACGUCUUCCUUAGUGUUCCUUGCAUCUUGGGACAUAAUGGAAUCUCAGAGGUUGUGAAGGUGACUCUGACACCCGAGGAAGAGGCCUGUUUGAAGAAGAGUGCAGAUAAACUUUGGAGGAUCCAAAAAGAGCUGAAGUUUUAA